AUGUUUUUAUAUUUACUUUUACCUUCACUUUGUUUAGGAUAAAGAUUUCUUUAGGCAGAUGAGACUUGUUAUGGUGUAAUUUUGGAUUGUGGAUCUUCUAGCACAAAAACAACAAUAUAUUCUUGGCCAUGUAGAACAAACAAAAUUUAUCCUCUAACCGACAUCACUUAAGAAGUAAAUUGAAUUUAAAAAUUUAUUAGUCACAAUAACUAAAGACAAGUCCAGGUGUAUCUACAAAAUAUCCAGAUGAGAUUUAAGCAUAUUUAACACCCAUAUUUGAAUUUAUUAAUUCUAAAGUGCCUGUAACACAAAAAGAAUAUACACCAAUUUUUAUGGGGGCAACAGCUGGAAUGAGAUUAUUAGAUAUCAAUAAAUCAAAUGCACUUAUAGAUGAGAUCAGAAAGUAACUGAGCAUGAGUGGUUAUUUGUUUCAAAAUGAUAACUGGGCUAGAAUAAUAUCAGGUCAAGAUGAGGUAACUGUAAUUUUGAAAAACGCAUAGGCUACAUAUCUUUGGUUAGGAGUAAAGUAUCUUUUGGGGAAUACUGAUGGAAGUUUAAUCACAAUAGAUUUGGGUGGAGCCUCUACUUAGAUUGCAUUCAAAGUGGAUUACAUCUAAUAUGAAUCAGACAUUGUGACUUUAACAAUGCCAGAUGAAGAAAUUAAUUUAUAUGCCAUAUCUUAUCUUGGUUAUGGUAAUGAUUAAGCCAGAGAUGCUGUUCUUGCAAAAAGCAUUAUUGGUACAUAAGUUAUAAGUCCAUGUUAUCAUUAAGGUUACAGUUCUUAAUGGACUUAUUAAAAAGUUUAGUACACUUUAUCAGGGAGUGGUAAUAUAGAAUAAUGUUAAGCCUUAAUAUAAUCUUUCUUAAAUAGUUAAUGUCGAACAGUAAAAGAUGAUUUAUGUGGAAUCAAUACUAUAGAUUAACCUUAGUUACCAUCCUCAUAUUCUAUUUAUGCUAUAAGUGGAGUGGCAACAGUUGCUAACUUUCUUUAACUUAGUACAUUUAAAGUAUAACGUAAAUGGAUUAAAAUAGUUACCUUAAUUAUUAAAAUAAGCUUAAGAAUUCUGUAAAAUGAGUUGGUCAUAAGUUUAAGGUAAUACUACUUAUUCUUCAAAUCCAUAUGUAGCCACUAAUUUUUUCUUAUCACUUUAUGUUCAUUAAUUAUUAUCCAUUGGAUACAAUAUUCCAGACACAAUGUAAAUGAUAUUUAUAUAAAUUAGGGAUAUUAAUGCUCCUUUAGUAAUAAAUUCUUAAACACCAAGUUGGGCUAUGGCUGCUGUAUAAUAUCAGUUAGCUUAAGUAGACUGUGAUUUAGAUAGUUCUGUUUGCCAAGGAUUAAUUUUAAAUUUGAUGACAUUCUUUUGUUUGAUAGUAUUUUAUUGA